AAGAAAAGAUAUUGAGAAGUUUCAAUCAUUACAUUAGUGUGAUUUCACCUAGAAACAAGAAAAACAGUAAAUAGAGAGUACUGUCAACGCUAUCUCAUACAGCCUCGGAUAUCGGAAUACUUUCCUUAUUUGAUGUCUAUACCUUUUUGGGUGGCCUCAAUGGCAGAAGAUGGAACGUACCAAGAGUUUUUCUUGCAGUUUCAAACCAUUUCUGUCAUACAUUGGAUAACACAUAUAUAAGAUUCGAUACUGCGAUUGGGAGAAGCAAGAGCAUGGAACCGGAAGAAAAUUUCCUUGACACCAACAAUGUGGGAGAGGUGACGAUACCAGACUUUGACAAACUUAUACAAAUGAUUAGACCGAGCUAUGAUUCGUUUUCCAACAGCAAUGCUCCUCUUGGCGAGAAGUUGAGCACGACGAUUGAGAGGAAAAUGGAAACGGAGGUAGACAUACAGGAGAUAUACGAAAAUGUUCUCGAUGCUGGGUCGGACAGCUUCCCGGGACUUACAAGAAAACAUCACACGAUGUACUCACACGGGUUUUUAUCUAGACCUUUGCAAGGAGGAUUUGCCAAACUAGAUGCUUCUCGACCGUGGAUUUGCUUUUGGCUCACGAAUUCGGUGUUGCUGCUCAACAGUAAACUCACUGACACCGAAAAACUCGGCGUCAGUCGGGUUCUGUUGUCCUUUUUCAAUUACAACGCAGAAACCAAAAGUGGAGGGUUUGGCGGUGGAAGUAGGUUCCAACUCCCCCAUCUUGCAGACUCAUAUGCUGCCGUUAUGGCAUUGGCUCUUACGGAGGACAGGCAAGCCUGGAGCAGUAUUGACAGGGUGGCCAUCAGGAACUGGUUGGGACAAGCUAAGCAGCCAAACGGGUCUUUCCAAAUGCACAAGGGAGGGGAGUCCGAUACUCGGGCCGUUUACUGUGCGUUGUGUAUUGCACAGCUAUUGGCCAUUCUCGAUGAAGAGCUGGUGAGCGGUGUCAAGGAGUGGCUACUGCAGUGCCAGACGUACGAAGGUGGGUUUGCGGGCGAGCCCGGAGAUGAGGCGCACGGUGGAUAUACGUUCUGUGCCCUAGCUGCGUUAUUCAUCCUCAUGUCUCCGGAAGAGAUACUUCAUUGCGGUCUAGACAUCGAUGCACUUUUCAAGUGGACUGUGGACAGGCAGUUCAGCUUAGAGGGCGGUUUUUCCGGCCGCACAAACAAACUCGUCGACGGAUGCUACAGUCACUGGAUAGGGGGCACGAUGUCGCUUCUUGAGGUGCUUGCAGCCUGUCGCAUGGGCACCGAGAACUUCACCCCAAUCGUGGACCGCCAGAGACUACAGAACUACAUUCUGUGCUGUUGCCAAGACAACUUCGGGCUUCGUGAUAAACCUGGUUGUGUUGCUGACUUCUAUCACACUAACUACGUUCUCUGCGGACUAAGCAUGUGCCAGCAUUCGCAGAUCUACGACCCAACGCUGGUCUCUGCAAAGGGAAACGCUCUCGCUCUGCGUCCAACAAGGAUCGAAACCAGUACUAUCGUAGACAACCUAGAUUCAAACAGUGUUGCCCCACUCGACGCUGUCUUCGGCCUCCCGUACAAUUUUGCCCAGAACAUGUUCGACUUCUUCAGAUCUGUAUAACGAGAUAGUUAUAUUUGUAACACGGUCAACAAAAACAGGAAAAGACGGCGAAUUGCGCGGAAUUUUCCUCGUCAUGAGGAGGUUGACCACCGAUGGUGAAGAGCUAGAGAUCAGACGAAGAGGUGUCUUUGCACAAGUGAAGAGGGAGCUAGUGCAUUUGAAAAUACCAAAGCCAGCUAGGCGGCAAG